AUGUCACACGAUAAGAAGAUCAAUUUGAAGAUAGAGUUGGUCGACACAGAUUCGCUGCUAUCGCAUGAUCACUUGAAGAAAGAGAAGAACAUUGUUCAGAAUGGGAAAAAAAUUAAAAUUAAAAUUUUCGAAAAAAUAAAGGAAAAUGUCCUCGAGCGGGCCUUAGUAGUGCAAGAAGUGGACAAAAUUAAAGGCGGGAAUGCGUCGAAGGAGGCCAGCGCCGCAAGUUUGCAAAAUUUGAGUGGUGGUGCGGCCGACGAUGGGGCUGACACUGCCGAUGAUAAUGGUGAUGACAGUGCUAAUGAUAAGGACGAUGAUGAUAAUGGCAAUGAUGCCGCUUCGGGAGCGGUAGAACAAGCUCGGAGUGAGGAGGAAUACCCUGUACACGAUGCAAGCGACAUGAAAGUUAUUUCAACCGAGGAAUCUACCGAAAAUGAUGUCCAUAUGCUGCGCAAGGUCUAUCAGAAAAACUCGGAUGAAGAAUCCACUACCUACUGCUACAUCAGGUACACAUUUAAUUUAAAUUUGGAUAAAUUAAGCGAAAAUAACAAGAGCGAGUUAUUCAAAGGAUUGGAUAAAUCGCUAGACUAUAUGUCCUUUUUUCCGAAAGAGGAUCAAAUUAGUGAUACCGAAGAGAUUCUAGAUCAUGAGUACAAGCAGAUGGACAAAUCGACCGGGUCAAAUGACUCCAUCCUAUCAAGUGUGGAACUGAGGAAUGCUAAUCUUAAUUCAUGCCCUAAUUCGAAGUAUGCCGAAGCGAUCGAUGAUAUUGUUAGCUACUUGGAGAGUGCGAGUAGUAGGUUAGCCAUCCCCUCGUCAAUCAAAAAAAAAUUAUUGAGCGAAAGGGAUCUUCUAAAACGGUGCCAUGAAGUGGAAGCAGGCGAUGCGCGUUCGACUGGUAAUGCUCCUGACGCGAAUGCGCCUGACGACAAUGAUGAGAAAUCUGCGCUUUACGAAAUAUUGGAAAAUUUAAAAGACUCUUUUAUGAUGAAAAAGAAGGUAAUAAAUUUACUACGUAAUGGAAGCACUAAUGCGAAGGAUGCUACCACGGAUAGGGUUGCAGAAAAAGACCUGGACAAAAUUUUCAUAGACUCAGUUGAGCGGACAUUUGAUUGCUAUGACGUGCUGAAAGGGAGUGAGCGGUUAGAUUCAAUAUUGGCGAGCGAGGAGGAGGGGAAAACCCUAGUGGAAGAAUCACCCAACACGAAAGAGGUGGAUAUUAAGAAUCACCAGUUUACAUAUGCCCCAGGGGAAAUCUCAGAGGAAAACUCUUUGUCUAGUGGUGAUGAUAAGGACAAAUGUGAGGUCUUUUUUAAAGCAAUUUUGCAAGGUAAAGUAUUUGCAGGUAAUUCGGCGCUUUGGAGAAGUGUGAGAAGGGGACAUUUUCAGAUGCUCGACGAUGGGGUGAGAAGUGACGGGUUGAGCGAUGCGAGAGCGACGAUUUCAGGGGGGGAAGACGCAACAUAUGCAGAUUCCUUUUUGAAUGCCUCUUCACGCAUGCCGAUACUAGAAUAUUACUCUACGAAAUUGCGCAAUGCGUUCAUGGGCGAUGGCAGUCACUUGGGUGUGACAGCUAGCGAAAGGGACAACCCUAAGGAGGCCACUUCUAACUGGCAAGAAAGACAAAAAGUUUUCGCAGAUACUGCGUCCUUUGCUGAUAUGUCGACAGGGAUGAGAAAUUAUGAAAUGGAUGACGACGGGCAAGAAGUGGAAGCAAAUGAGGAGAAGGAAGAUGAUGACGAUAGCGAUGAAGAUGAGGAGUACGAUGAUGACGACGGGGAAGAAGAGGAGGAGUACGAUGAUGACGAGGAGGAGGAGUACGAUGAUGACGAGGAGGAGGAGUACGAUGAUGACGAGGAGGAGGAGUACGAUGAUGAUGGAGACGAGGAGUAUGAUGAUGAUGGAAACGAGGAGGACGAUGAUGAUGAUGACGAUGAGGAGUACGAUGAAGAACCCAACCUCUCAUCACUAGGCACGAAGGACUUCUUGGGUAACUUAUUAAAAAUGGGGUCGAACCAUUUAAUAGGUAAAGCUACAAAUAAAGUGUCCAGUGUCAUAGGGAAGAACUUCAACAUAGACAAGCUAUCCAAGAAAGCUAACAAACUGGGGGGAAAAAUUAAAAAAGCAUCUAAAGAGAGUUCUAAGAAAUAUAAGAAGGCAAAACAGGGGGUAAAGACAUCUGUUACGAAGGCGAAAUUGGCCUCAAAGGAGAGUGUGGAUAAACUUAAAAAGGAAGCGAAAAAUGGAGUCAAGAACCUAAAAGACAUCGGAAAGAAUGGCAUUCGAAAACUUAAGGAUUCAGCGAAAAUGGCACGGAAGAGUCUCAAAAAGGAAGGGAAAAAAUUCGUCGAUAAAGCUGCGCAUGUAGCGAAGGAUGGGAUUGAUAAACUGAAGAAGGAAACGAAAAAGAGUAUCAAUAAGGGAAAAAAAAAGGUGAAACAGGUGGCAAAAAAAGGAAUCCAAAAGGGAAAAAAUGAAGUGAAAAAAGUGGCCAAAAAGGGCAUCAAUAAGGCGGAGAAAGUGGCACAGAAGGGCAUCGAUAAGGCAGGGAAAGUGGCACAGAAGGGCAUCGAUAAGGCAGGGAAAGUGGCCCAAGCAGGAGUAAAUAAAGUGCAGAAGGGCAUCGAUAAGGCAGGGAAAGUGGCCCAAGCAGGAGUAAACAAAGUGCAGAAAGGCAUCGAUCAGGCGCAGGAAGCAGCCGAAGCAGGAGUAAAUAAAGUGCAGAAGGGCAUCGAUAAGGCAGGGAAAGUGGCCCAAGCAGGAGUAAACAAAGUGCAGAAAGGCAUCGAUAAGGCGGCUCCAGGGGUGGCUCCAAAACAGAGUUAUAAGGACCCCUCGGGGCAAAAAGCUUCGAAAAGCAAAACGUCCUUCUUAAGCGUAUCAGGCGAAUCAAGUGAGAAUACCUUAAACAGGAAGAAAAUAAAAAACGAAAUAAAGAAAAUUAAUAAAGAAUACAAAAAGUUGAGAGAGAGGGAAAAUAAAGUAAAGGACCAGUUGAAAAAUCCUUUGCCUUCUGACAAGAAAAUAAUUCAAGAAUUCAAUGAUUUUGAAAAAUCCAGUGAAGAGAAAAAGGAGUAG